AUGGGGAUUGAUCGAGGGGAAGCGAUCGCUAUUGAAAUCACGCCGGAGAUUCCUCCGUCGGUGACGAGAGUUCCUCGGAGGAUUCGUGAGAGGCUUUUGCCUGACUGUAGUAAGAAGACAGUACCUUCUGUUCAAGAUAUUGAAGACAAGCUUCUCCAUGCGCAUCUUCGAAGACAGCAAUUUUACCAUAACGUAUCGAGAAAAGCUCGUGCGAAACCCAGAAGCCCAUCACGAUCCUCCGAUGAAGAGCUUGGCCAACGAAUCGAGGCAAGGCUCCUUGCUGCUGAGCAGAAAAGAUUAGAGAUUCUUGCGAAGGCACAGAUGCGUCUAGCGAAACUGGAUGAGCUGAGACAAGCAGCGAAGACGAGCGUGGAGAUACGGUCGGAGAGGGAGCGCGUGAAGCUUGGCACUCGAGUGGAGUCUCGUGUCCAAAAGGCGGAAGCCAAUAGGAUGAGGAUCCUCAAGGCGUCGCAUCAGAAAAGGGCGUCGGCGAAAGAGAGGACGUCUCUGUCGAUGAUGAGGAGGAUGGCGAGAGAGAGCAAGUACAAGGAGCGAGUCCGUGCUUCGAUCAACCAGAAGCGUGUAGCUGCUGAGAAGAAACGGCUUGGGUUGCUUGAAGCUGAGAAGAAGAAAGCACGUGCUCGUGUCCAGCAAGUACGCCACGUUGCCAACUCUGUUUCUAACCAGCGUGAGAUGGAGAGAAGUAAAAUGAGGGACAAGCUUGAAGACAAAUUGCAAAGGGCAAAGAGACAUAGGUCGGAGUUUCUUCGUCAGAGAAGGAGACAGCGUGAUUCGAUUAGUCUCUAUUGCGAUAUGAUGCAGGAAGAUGCUGAUCUUCUCUCUAGAAAGCUUUCAAGGUGUUGGAGAUGCUUUGUGAGACAGAAGAGGACAACCUUGGACUUGGCCAAAGAUUAUGACGGUUUGAAGAUUAACGAAUCACUGCCGUUUGAGCAACUCGCGGUGCUGAUCGAGUCUCCUGCUACUCUUAAAGCUGCUAAAUCUCUGCUCGAUCGCCUCGAAAUCCGCUUAGAAGCUUCUAAGAAUGUCACCGCCGCUUCUCAACCGUCCAUAUUGGAUAACAUUGAUCACCUUCUUAGAAGAGUUGCUACUCCAAGGAGGAAGGCUACGCCAAGUGCUAUGAGGAUCAGAAAAGGAAAGAAAGUUUCUCCGGUUAGGAAUGUGGCCGGAACAUCUGUGAAGAUGUCGAGGUAUCCUGUCAGAGUUGUUCUCUCUGCGUUUAUGAUUCUCGGUCAUCCAGACGCUGUUUUUAACGGUCAAGGUGAUCAAGAGGCUGCUCUCAAUGACUCGGCGAAAGGGUUCGUGAGGGAGUUUAAGUUGCUGAUAAAAGUUAUUCAAGAAGGUCCCGUUAAGUUCUCUGGUGGAGAGUCGAAACUUAGGACCAUGAGAUCUCAGCUGGACUCAUUCGAUAAGGCAUGGUGCUCCUUUUUGAAUUCGUUUGUGAUUUGGAAAGUUAAGGAUGCUCGGUUGUUGGAAGAUGACCUGGUGAGAGCAGCUUGUCAGCUUGAGCUUUCCAUGAUUCAAAAAUGCAAGAUAACUCCGGAAGGGGACGACACUAUGCUCAGUCAUGAUAAGAAAGCAAUUCAGAUGCAGGUAACACAAGAUCAAGAACUUCUAACGGAGAAAGUACGGCAUUUGAGUGGUAAGGCAGGAGUCGAGCGCAUGGAGAGUGCGUUGUCGGAAACACGAUCAAAGUACUUUCAGGCCAAGGAGAAUGGAAGCCCUAUGGCUCAUCAGCUCGCGUGUUUAUUUUCUCCAAGCUCUGCUUCAUCUCCAGUUCAGUCUGUGUCUAGUUCAAGCAGCACAAGUGGAGGAUCAAAACGUGUUAGUCGUUCUUUGUUUAAGGAUGAUACACAACCAUCAUCGGGACUCUCUAGAGUCAGUAAUGACGCUGUGGACGAGGUCUCAAAAGAGAAUGAGUCGAUUGUGAACGAGCUCCUGCAUGAUUUGAAUUUCAAGUUUCCGGGUGGAUCCAGUGUCGAGGCUGAAGAGGACAAUCUUAAGAGAAAGAUAAAGGAGACCAUGGAGAAAGCUUUCUGGGAUAGCAUCAUGGAAUCCAUGAAACUGGAAGAGCCAGACUAUAGUUGCAUCUCUAACCUUAUGAAAGAAGUGAGGGACGAACUUUGCCAAAUGGUGCCAGAAAGCUGGAAAGUAGAAAUAACUGAAACUAUUGAUCUUGACCUUCUCUCACAGUUGCUUAACUCGGGCAUCUUGGAUAUUGAUUACCUUGGGAAGAUGCUUGAGUUUGCAUUGGCUAUUCUGAGGAAACUCUCUGCUCCAGCUAAUGACCGUGAGAAUGAAAUCACCCAUCAGAAUCUACUCGAGGAACUUCACAGGUUAUGUGAAGUUAAAGAUGAGUCUGGUAACCUCCGUGCUGUUGCAAUAGUCAAGGGGAUUCGCUUCAUUUUUGAGCAGAUUCAGGAACUUAAACGAGAGAUAGGCCUAGGGCGCAUUACAAUCAUGAAACCGUUUUUGCAAGGGCCAGCAGGAUUUGAUUACCUUACACAAGCGUUCGAGAAGCGUUAUGGACCUCCCACUCAAGCCAAUGAUUCACUAACAGCGACACGAAGAUGGAUAUCAACUCUUUUGUCUUGUAAAGACGAGUGGGAAGAGCACACGAAUACUCUUUCAGCCUUGAAUGUGGUUGAGAGAUCCUCGAUGGGAAUCUCUCUUAAAACGGGUGGUAGCUUUCUAUCUCCGGCCAAUACCGCGUCUCAGUCAUCUGUUACGGACAGUGCAGAAGGUCAACUGUCGGAAUGCAAGGGAGAGAGAGUUGAUUUGACAGUGAGGCUCGGGUUGUUGAAGCUAGUGAGUCAAGUAUCUGGUUUAACUCCACAAGUCCUACCUGAAACUUUCCUGCUCAAUCUCUCUCGCUUGAGGGGUAUUCAAGCCGAGAUUCAGAAGAUAAUUGUUAUAUCCACAAGCUUACUCAUUUGGCGGCAAAUGCUAGCGAGUGAGAGAAUGGUGAAGAGUGAAAGCGAAACAGAAAGCAUGUCAAAGAAGUUGUUGGAUCUGUUAGAUGGGAAGGAAGAAGCAGGGCUAAUGGAGAUCGUUGAGACAACAAUGAGCGAAGAAGGAGAAGAGAAGAAGAAGAUGAUGAGAGGAUUACUGAAGAAGAGUUUGGAAGAAGGUAACACAGUGUAUGAGAGAGUUACAGAUUGUAUAUACAGAGCAGUGAGAGGAGUUUUAUUGGCUGGGAAUGGAGAAAAUGGGAAGAGAUUGGUGGAAAAGGAGAUGAAGAAAGUGGGAGGAGGAGGAGGAAACAGUGGUUUGAAAGAGAGGGUUCUAGAGACAGCUCGAGUCCUUGGAGUCGUGGCUUGUGUCUCGGUGAGAGUUCAUGGUCCAUGGUUGACUCAUCUCAUGCAACAUUGA